UACUUAUGGCUUAUGGUAGCACAACAAAGUACGAUUUUUAUCUUCCACUUUCCAAAAUCUGUUUCUAAUGCGCUCUUAAGUUAGCUAAAUCCUAUUAGAGGAAAGUGAUAUUUGUUCGUGAUAUUCAUUUCUUAAAAAGCCUUUCAGAACUGAUUUGAAUUCAAAGUUAAAUGGUGAUUUUGUGAUGAAAUAUGUUCUGUAGAUCACUAGAUGAUCUCCCCUUAUUCUUCAGCUUUGAUACAUACAAGCCUUGGUUUGAAUAGAUUUUUAUGAAGUUGCCAAGCAAGCUGACAAUAUGUAAGCAGCGAUUUCACGACAAUCUUAAUGUGAUCCAAGUUUGGAAUAUUUAUGUAAGUCAUUAAAAAAAACUGACUUCUGUUUUAAAUGCAUUGUUUUCGGUUUCUUUCGUCACACAGUCGUCUGUACAGUUGAUAGAGUUUCACUGAACUCUAAUACUUAUGCAUGCAUGCACAGCGUAGUUACCGGUCGGAUGAUCUCUGCAGGGUGCAGUUUUUCACGCGGUCGUCUAUUUCCUCAAGUCUAAAAAUAGCACUGUGGAAAUUAUGGGAAAGAACCAGUGACUUCAUCAUCCCCGCUUGCCUGGAAACCAGCCAAUCAGGCUGCGACUUGCUAGUUGCAAAGGUCGGGGUUUUUGGAGACUGAAGACGUUCGACAUUUGUAUAGCAACCUGUUAUGCGUGACGUCACAACUAACAGUCUUCAGUCAACGUCUAGUGUGUAAUUGGAAGUGCUUUUGGCUUUGUCAUCGACUAUCCUGAAAUGGCUGUGCAGCAUGGACAGACUAAUCUUUAUAUCGAUGAUUUGCCUUGGCUUGAAAGAGAAGAAUUAUGCAGAAUUCUCAAUCAGAACAAUGAAUGGGAAGAGCUAGCAGGUAAAUGGAUGAAAUUUGAUGUAUCUACUGUUCAAUGUUUAAAAAAGAACGAAAAUCCGACAGAUAAGCUUUUGAAAAUGUGGUCUACUUUCAAUCAUACAGUACAGGAACUGUUCCUUUUAUUAUAUAAGAUGCAACACCAUCAGGCAAUGCUACUUCUGAAAAAUUUCGUCAAUCCCAAGUACAGCAAGCUUAUCACCAACCGGAAAAGGCCUUCAGCACAAUUAUUGAAUUGCCAUGUAGCUGACGAACAUUCAAAAGAUCUGAAAAUAGGAACUAACAAUUUCAAUCACAUUCAACCAGCUUCAAGCGAUGUGCAGAAGCUUUGUAUUUAUCAAACAAUGUACGAAAGAGUGGCAAAAAUGUUAGACAAAUUCCCACUGCCGAAUGAUCUAGAUCCAAGCAAUUCGGAUAAUAUGCUUGUACCAACUGGUGUAAAUCAAAAUCUUGCUCCAGUUCCAAGACCUAUAGUGGAUGGUUCUAAAAAUAAUAAUCAAUUGAAGAUAUCACUUAUUGAUACCGACCUACCUCAACCAUCUUAUGAUGAAUUAGCAAAAGCUACGCAUAAUUGGAGCAAACACAACAUACUGGGAAGAGGAGGUUUUGGAACAGUUUUUAAAGGUAUAUGGAAAGGCACCCCGGUAGCCAUUAAAAAAAUAGAACAACGAGGUUCUGAUUCGAAGGAAAGCUACUUGAUCCAGGUAGAACAGUCUUUAAGAGAAUUGAAAAUUUUGUAUGCCCGGAGACAUGACAAUAUCCUGCCACUGUAUGGUCACAGCAUAGGCGGAGAAGCCCCAUGCCUAGUAUAUCAACUCAUGCCAAAUGGAUCAUUAGAAGAUAAACUUUCCUUGAGACAAGGAUCCCAACCCCUAAAUUGGUUGCAACGACAUAAUAUAGCCACGGGUACAGCUGGAGGCUUACAAUACCUGCAUACUAUUGGCCACAAGCCACUCAUCCAUGGAGACAUAAAAAGUGCCAACAUUUUGUUAGAUAAAAAUUUUGAGCCGAAAAUUGGUGAUUUUGGAUUAGCUAGAGAUGGACCUGAACAGGAUUACAUGAAGGUAAGCCGAGUGCAAGGAACCAGACCAUAUUUGCCUGACGAAUUUUUGCGCGAUAGGAAUUUGUCAACAAAAGUUGAUACUUAUAGCUAUGGUAUUGUAUUAUUAGAAUUAGCUACUGGAUUAGGAGCAUACAGUAACGCAAGACCAGAACAUAAAUUCCUAAAAGCUUAUGUGGACAGUUUCGAAGAAAAGGAUAUACCUCUAUUAAAAGACAGUACAGCUGGUACAGAAAAAGAUAAAGUUUUCGACAAUCUAAUAGUUUUAGGAAAAUGGUGCACAAACACGUUGCCUAAAGAUCGGCCGCAAAUGGUUGAUGUUCACCGCAAGCUUGAAAGAUUAUAAUGGUUCCCAAAGCACGAAAACGAGUCCUGUAUUUCAUUUACUGACCCUACGAAAGCUGUUGAUAACGCAGAAUAGGAUUUUUUCCUGUAUGCUGGAGUUUGAAAGUAAUAACCAACUAUAACAAACGUGACUGACGAUUUAAAAGUGUCUCUUACUAUGAGAACUUUAUAUAAGGGCAAUAAAUUAGCAAGGCACGUCAAAUUUUUUAACCAGAAUUCAGACGAGACUCUCAAGAUGUAACUAAAUAUACCAAUUGUUUUGCUACCAAGUUGCUAACGUUCCUAGGUUACGAAGAAAAAAAUAUGAAACUCACGAGAAUUCACAGUGAACUUAACCAGAUCGACAAGGUAAAUUUCAACUAAGUGUAUUGUAACACCGAUUGUGUAUGAUUUUGUUUCAAGAUGUAUGUAUUAAUUCAACUAAAAUAAAAAUACUCAGGAAAAACUGCACAGUUUCAUGACAAACUAAAUUCUGGUACUGAUAAAUAUCUUGAUUUUAUAAAUAUAAAUGUCAUCGAUACUUGAAGAACUAUGGAAAAUCAUCAAGCUGAUAUCGUUACACAAAAGUUGAAAAUACAGGUCCGGACUGGCAAAACGACUAACACUACUAUUCUACUUCACUGUAAUUACAUUUAAUUUGAAUCUUCACUGCCAUAUCGAAUAGAAGAUUGUAAAAAUAUUUUAUAAAAAGCUGAAAAAGAAGCAGCUUGUUACUAUUGAAAGUCUGGAAAAAAAGGCCAGUAAAGGUACGUUGAAGUUUGUUAGAAUACACAAUAUUGCCUGUUGUUUUCAGUUGACUUUCCAACAAUGUUUUAAUAUACGAGUUAUGUUAAUGUGUUUUCAUUAUAUACAGCAAAAAGUAAAGAGGAACAACGUACAAAAAUUUCAAUCUCAAUUAUCCACACUGUCACGUAUACACGAAUGCUCAUCGUAACAGUGUCAACGCAAGUGAAUUUUUUAUACACCAAUCACCGGAUAGAUGAACAUCUUUGGUAAUAACAAAUAUGUAAUUUUGAUACUAGGAAAGACUCGAUUUCAUUUUAUCCGAUAAUCCAAACUAGGUAAUGGGAACAGUGUUAUACAUACAUUGACACUCAGCUGUUGCCAUGACAAGUAGAGGGACCCGUACUUAUUUAAUCUUGCAGAGCCAGAUAGUGGGAUCAUCCGUGACCUUGUGUCCAUUCACAGUGCAUAUAUCUUCAAUCAAGUCACAUUGACCUAUAUGAGAUCCUGCAUAAUUAUCCGGUGUUGACCGUUACUAUGAGCGCUGUUAGCUGGACAGAACUCCCGUCCAAGGUCACAAUACAGUGAACAUUUUGAAAUACAUCGUAAGACCCGCUACAAAUAAUAUAUUUUUUACAUCCAUACAAUAUUCUUUCUGUUUCUUCUCUUUUCACAUCUUAUGCGAUAAUUAAUAAUUAUUAUUUAUGAAUACGUAGUUACACGUGAAAUUUGAAUAGCUUAAAGCCCACCUAUUUUUGAUUUGUAAAAACAACCGAACGUGUAAACAGUUAAUCAUUUAGCACUAUAUUUUGUAUUUUCUUCUAUUUGUAAUUAGUUUAUGCUUCUCGUUUUUGUAGAAAUCUAAGGUGCAGAGUACGAUAUGUACUAACAGUAAGCUCAGCCUGCACGUAUACAUGUAAUACAUAGGGAAACACAUUGAAUGAGUUAAACUAUUUUACACGCUGUAUAAUAAUAUAUGUAUAAUAAUAUACCACAGGAGUAGCCAAAUGUCUAAUCAUCUUUGUUGGUUGUUUAAAAUAUACAAUUGUAUGCACGUAGCCAGCUUUUCUUAGACAACGUAUACGCUGUAAGUAUACAACAAUUAGAUUCGUUUUCAACAAACUAAAAUAUAACAUAUCGAAUUGCACAAUACAUCAUUAACAUUACUAAUAAUAAUAAUAGUAAUAAUAUAAUACAUAUAUUAUAUCAUUCGCUUAAGCCUAAGGAUUUUGUAUAAUAUAUUUAUAUUUAUAUAAAUCAGUUAUCAUGUGUGCACAAGCAAUUUAGGAUAUCCACAUUCCAAUUUUUGUGUACAUGGAUUAGUAUCUAAAAGCGUACGUUAACGCUAUAAAAGAUAUCGUACUCACAAUUAUAAUUCAAUAUUUAUACACACGAAUAGGUGAAUUUCUCACAACUUUAGGCGGGGUUAAUGCACCAAAAGCAAAGGGCCACAUAUCUGAUAAUGUAUUGAAACUCAAUUGUUACUUGUUACUCGAAUAAUUACUGUAGAUAGUACUGCGCCUCAAUAUGUUGGUAUUUUUAUUGAUGUUUGAAUGACAUUAGAACGCAAGAAACUACGUUCAUUUGUAACUUUGAAUUAUAAAUCAAUCUACCUUUUACUUUGU